AUGAGAGAACUGAACUGGCAUCCGGACGUCCAAGCAGCAAAACUUGGCCACGCAGGGCGAGUGCACCAGGAUGCUAGUGAUGAGUUUGCCUCGAUUCAUCAUGGUUAUGCCUUCCAGAAGUUGAACGAAUGCAUCCUGGGCACUGUUACCGAGAAGGCGGCCGCUUUCAUGAAGAAAAACGCCGAAAUCAAAGCCAAAGACCUUGCGCAAUCUUCCAACGGGGAUGAUGGGUUGGCGCUUCAGAAACACAGCUGGGUUCCUGUCCACCUGAAAGAUAGGAAACGGCCCAAUCACAUGUGCGUCCGUGCUUAUAUCCCCACUAGAUCCAUGCUGGAGAGCGAAGAAGACCGGACACUUCAGCUCGUCGUGAAGACAUACUUCCCCAACGACGACCAACCGGGUGGCGCCAUGUCAAAUGUCCUUGACUGCAUACCUCUCAAUGAAGAGAUUGAGGCCCGUGGCCAAACAGGUGAGAUCGAAUAUCGCGGGAACGGUCUACGCAUCAUCGAGGGCCAGAAAAUGCGUUUCAGUCGGAUAGCCGUCAUCGAUGCGAAUAUGUCUGAAGCCGAUAUCCUCUUGAAGGACGAGUUGCACGAUUUCAAGGAAAACCAUGAAGGACAAUUCACGAUUGACCAUGUGUUCAGUCAUCCUAGUGAAGACAAGAACGGUACCAAAGAGCAUGUCAACGCUGAGAUUAAUCCGGAAAACUUGAUUCUCUCCAGACGGUAG